AUGGCGUCCCGCUUCCAUCACCACACGCCGCCUCACACUCAACCUCACCUUCAACAUCACCCUCACCCACUUCGCCAGUCGCACACCAUCGACUUCGCGGCCACCACCUCGCCAUCUCCCUCUUCCAUCAACCGCUUCCCCUCAACGACUUCGUCGUCUGCCUCAUCAGGCUACUCGCACGCUUCCGAACACAGUCUCAACAGCCAGUCAACAACUGCCUCGAGCGGCUACGGUUCUCCCGCCCCCAACCACAAGCGUGCCCAGAGCGAUGUGAGAGCCAGAGCUCGCACCUUUGAAUCCGGGGAUAUGACCAGCCCCAAGAAGGCCUCAGACAACUUCUACAGCUCCGCUCGCCAGUCCCUCCGUCCACUCCCCCAGGUCCCAGCAUCCACACCGCCUGCGACGCCGCCACAUAGCCAUCACUCACCCCGUCACUCGCCCCGUCACGAUCGUGGCAAGAGCGUCGACAUCGGCAAACUAUCCCUGGCCCAACGAGAUGGCUACUCAUCUCCGACUUCUCCGCCCCGCGCUCUUCCAAUGCGACCCAACUCGAUGCUCUUAACUCGAUCCGAUUCGGUUCGCAACGAUGGUGGUCCCCCACACUCGCCGACACAUCAUGCGCCCAGCACCCACCUUGCCCGAGACGACAUUGAGGAACUUGGGCGGUCCUCAACAAGUCAGUUGAGGAACCUCUCUCGACUGGUUCAAUCUGAAUCUGCCGACGACUUCACCAUCACAUCUCCUUUGCAGGAAGUUGUUGGCCUACGAGGCCGACGAAAAUUACAACGAGCCGACAAUGCCGCCGGGGGCCGCCGAAACGCUCCUGCAUAUAGCUGGGAGGGCCGCAAUUGGAUGGACAAACAGCGACAGUUCCUCCAAGCCUACGAGUAUCUCUGCCACAUUGGCGAGGCCAAGGAAUGGAUCGAAGGCGUCAUCAACAGGUCCAUACCUCCCAUUGUCGAGUUGGAGGAAGCCUUACGUGACGGCGUCACACUCGCAGAAGUGGUGGAAGCACUCAACAUCAACAGGCGCUAUCGAAUCUUCCACCACCCCAAGCUCCAAUACCGACACUCGGAUAACAUUGCCAUCUUCUUCCGGUACCUCGAUGACGUAGAACUCCCAGAUCUCUUCCGCUUCGAACUCAUCGACCUAUACGAGAAAAAGAACAUCCCCAAAGUUAUCUACUGCAUCCACGCCCUGAGUUGGCUUUUGUUUCGGAAAGGCAUAGUCGACUUCCGCAUAGGCAACCUUGUGGGCCAACUUGAGUUUGAACAUCAUGAACUUGAGGCCAUGCAGAAGGGCCUCGAUAACCUUGGGGUUAGCAUGCCUACUUUCGGGAAUAUGGGCGCAGACUUUGGCGUCCCCGAACCCGAGCCCGAACCAGAAGAGACCGAGGAAGAGAGGAUCGAGCGAGAACUGCACGAGAACGAGGAGAAUAUCGUCGAGCUGCAGGCCCAGAUCCGUGGCGCUAUGCACCGCGUGAAACUGGGCGAGACUAUGCAAAAGCUUUGGGAUGAGGAGGAGUGGUUGAUCGACCUCCAAUCUCGAAUUCGCGGCGACUUUACUCGACAAAUUAUGGAUUAUCGUAUGCAGAUGAGACAGUUUGCCGUCAAGCUACAGAGCGCGGCACGAGGCUUCCUGGUCCGACGGAGAAUGGCGAAUAGCGACCAAGUCUGGAAGGCCAUCGAACCUGAGAUUCUGGAGUUGCAAAACAUCAUUCGAGCCAAGAAGGUCCGCCACCAGGUGCAAGAAAUGACUUCUCAGCUUUCGAGAUGCGGAGGACCUAUCAGGGAGAUCCAAGCGCUCUCCAGAGGUUUUCUGUUCCGCAAAUCCCACGUCGCACAACAGCAAGAGACCAAGAAGACGUCUGUAGAGCUCCCGAAGCUCCAGGCUGCCAUCCGAGGAAUGCUCGUGAGAGAGAAGGUUCAAAAUGACCUUCAGGAGCUCGAUGAACAUUCCAAUGCGAUUAUCGAGCUGCAGGCUGCGGCGAGGGCAGCGCUGACUAGAAACCAGAUCACCGUCGAGCAGGAGCAACUGCGCGCUUUUGCUCCUCAAUGGACCUCCAUCCAGGCAUUCGCUCGCGGUCUUCUAUCUCGGAACGAUACCGAGGUGCUGAAGGCGGAACUGAAGAAGCAUGUGCCCGAAAUUGGCCAACUCCAAGCUAUGGCUCGCGCAGCUGCAGUUAGGAGAGAGGUCACCAGCCAGCUGGAUGCCCUGAAGGAAAAUGAGCCUGCAGUCAUCGACCUACAAGCAAUGAUCCGGGGUAUGCUCGAGCGACAAAGCAUUGCCGCAGACCGACAAGAACUCGAGCAGCAAGAACCCGAGAUUAUCGCCCUCCAAGGCAACAUUCGAGGAUUCUUGUAUCGAAAACAACAUGAAGCAUUCCUGGACGAGUUGGACUCCCACACACCCCAGAUUGUCGAGCUACAAAGUAUCCUUAGAGCCAUGAUGGAGCGAGCUAGGGUAGAGGACCUCAUGGCUGAGCUUGAGCAAGAGGAGGACUCUAUUGUCGCCUUCCAGGCUGCUGCCCAGGGAUUCAUUGUUCGGGCUCGGUUCGAAGAGAAGAAGCGCUUCUUCAACGAGAACAUGCAGAAGGUCGUCAAGAUCCAGAGUUUCAUCCGCGCCAAGGUCCAAGGAGAAGCCUACAAGAGCCUGACUACCGGCAAGAACCCCCCUGUCAAUGCCGUCAAGAACUUUGUCCACCUGCUCAACGACAGCGAUUUUGACUUCAACGAAGAAAUCGAGUUCGAACGCAUGCGCAAGACUGUGGUCCAACAAGUUCGACAGAAUGAGAUGCUGGAACAGUACAUUGACCAGCUCGACAUCAAGAUCGCCCUCCUCGUCAAGAACAAGAUUACUCUGGACGAAGUUGUUCGACACCAGCACAACUUUGGUGGACACUCCAUGGGCUUCCUGGCGAAUAGCUCUAUGAGCUCUGCCAACCAGUUUGAUCUGAAGGCACUCAACAAGAGCUCAAGGAAGAAGCUGGAGUCGUACCAGCAACUUUUCUUCAACCUCCAAACCCAACCACAGUACCUUGCCCGACUCUUCAAGCGCAUCCGCGAGCAAGGCACUGCUGAGAACGAAUGCAAGCGAGUUGAACUUUUGAUGAUGAGCCUGUUUGGGUAUGCACAGAAGCGACGAGAGGAGUACUACUUGCUCAAAUUGAUCGCCCGAUCAAUCAAAGAGGAGAUUGCAGGUGCCAGGACCGCCCAGGACUUCCUCCGAGGAAAUUUCUUCUGGUCCAAGCUGCUCACCAACUAUACCCGCUCACCCCGAGACCGAAAGUACCUUCGAGAUGUUCUGGGACCUCUGAUCCGCGACAACAUCGUCGAGGACCCUGCACUUGAUCUCGAGAGCGACCCCAUGCAGAUUUACAAGUCGGCAAUCAACAAUGAGGAGCUCCGGACUGGUGACCCCGACCGCAGACCUCCGGAUGUGCCCCGAGAAAUUGCCAUCCGCGAUCCCGAGACCCGACGGCUGUUCAUCGACCACCUUCGGGACUUGCGAGAAAUUUGCGACCAAUUUUUCAUUGCUCUAGAGGACCAAUUGCACAGAAUGCCUUAUGGGCUUCGAUUCAUGUGCCGCCAGAUCUUCGAUGGCUUGCGCCAGCAGUUUAAGCGUGAACCCCCAGAGAACUUGCUACAGAUUGUCUCCAACUGGGUGUGGCGAUUCUAUCUCCAGCCCGCUGUGACCAGCCCCGAGAAUUUUGGCGUGAUCGAGAGGAUGCUGAGCCCUCUGCAAAAGAGGAAUUUGAGCGAGGUUGCAAAGGUCAUCAGUCAGAUUGCCUCUGGCCGUCCAUUCGGUGGCGAAAACAUCUAUCUUCAGCCUCUCAACGCCUUUGUGGCAGAGUCCGUUGACCGGCUGAACCAGAUCACGAACGAAUUGAUCACGGUGCAGGAUGCCGAGCAGACGUUUGAUAUUGACGAGUUCAACGACCUUUACGCCAAGAACAAACCUACUCUGUACAUCAAGAUGACGGAUGUCUUUGCCAUCCAUCAUCUUGUUGCCGCGGAGCUUCAGUUUAUCUGCCCCAGCCGCGACGAUGUCCUGCGUGAGAUCCUGCACGAACUGGGUAGUGCUAAGAGCAACGAGAGCGAGAUGAACGCGGCGGGCUCAUCAGACAUCCAGAUGUUCCUCACCCCCAAACUGCACGAUGUCGACGACCCCGAGGCUGAGGUCAAGACUCUCUUCAUGGAGACGAAGCGAUGCGUCCUGUACAUUAUCCGUGUCCAGACCGGUGCCAAUCUCAUGGAGAUUCUUGUCAAGCCCAUCACUCCCGAGGACGAGCACAAGUGGAAUUCGCUGCUGCGCGAGGAUUUCAAAGCGGGCAGCAGGACACGCGGUGCCUACUCAGACGCCAACAUGAUCGAUGUGACGCGCAUGUCCUACCACGAUCUCAAGCGCACGGCGCUCGAGAACGUGAUGCAUCUGGAGCACAUGGGUCGCAUAUCGAAGCACAACCACUUUCAGGAUGUCCUCAACGCCAUCGCGCUCGACAUCCGGACCAAGAGCCGUCGUCGUGUUCAGCGUCAACGCGAACUCGAGGGCGUUCGCAUGACCUUGGGCAACUUGCACGAGAAGGCCAAGUACCUGGAGCAGCAGCGCAAGAGCUAUGACGACUACAUCGAGCAGGCGAUGGGGACGCUGCAGAACAAGAAGGGAAAGAAGCGAUUUUUGAUGCCUUUCACCAAGCAGUACAACCACCAGCGCGAGCUGGAGCGCAGCGGCCGCGUACCCAAGUUUGGCAGCUACAAGUACAGCGCGCGGGCGCUGUCGGAGAAGGGCGUGCUGGUGACUUGGACUGGCGUCGGCGAGCGUGACUUGGACAAGAUCAACCUGACCAUCUCCUGCGACGAGGUGGGAGUGUUCAGUCUCGAGGGCUCGCGCGGCCACAUCCAGAUCCCCGGUGCCAGCGCGCAGGUACCCAUCGAGGACCUUCUGCAGGCUCAGUUCGAGGCACACCAGUUUAUGAACCUGUUUGAGGGUAACCUCAAGCUAAACGUCAACUUGCUGCUGCACCUGCUGUACAAGAAGUUCUACCGGACCCAAUAA